GGAACAGACAGUGUUUACUACAGACUGUGCCGCUCUGACAUCAGACAUUCCUUUGCGAAAACACGUUGAUUGUUGUGUUGUUUUCUAAAGUUAAAAAAUGUGUAGGUUAAAGUAUAUGUUUGUUUGCAUUUCUUUUGUGCUAUAUUCCUCAUUCUUCAUUUCUCAUUUUUCUCUUUACUCAACUACUGCCAUUCUUUUCGAGUAUUCUAUGCGCCGGCGCAAUACUUCAAUUCAUCUGCAAACAUGUCUUUGUCAAACACAAAACCACGAUCCUCACAUGAUGGAACAUUCGACGAGGAAUCUCCUCUCCUUGAUCAUUUACGACCAACUACCGCCACUGACACACACUCUUUAAUUCAUCAAACACAUUCUCCGCGUAUUAUUAUCUCACUUCUUACCGCGAUAGUUUUUAUAAUCGGGUUUGGAGGAUAUUUGGCAUGGAUACCAUCGAUGCGCAUAUACGAAGAUAUACUGUGUCACCGUUAUUAUGAAGAGCGGAGAGGUGGGGUAGGGCUGAGUAGCACGAUUGACGAAGCUAGAUGCAAGGGCGAUGAGGUUCAAGAAGAAUUAAAUAUCUUGACCGCAGUAAUGGAAACAUUGAAAGCGUUACCAGGAAUGUUCAUGGCUGUGCCAUAUGGACUCUUGGCUGAUAAAAUUGGACGCAAACCAGUCUUUGCUUUGUCAAUACUUGGACUUCUACUUUCCCUCCUAUUUGAAGUAUUCAUUAUGAGCGAGUGGAUACUGCUGCCCAUCCGUACUGUGUGGUUUGCACCAUUCUUACAAUUCAUUGGUGGCGGUGAAAAAACCGCUUCCGCAAUAUUUUAUGCUAUCAUCUCAGAUGUUACUACUCAAGAUCAAAGGGCAAAUGCUUUUCUUUUCGCUGCAUGUGCUUCACUCUCUGCAGAACUUAUUGCACCAACCGUAGCAGCCGCUAUCAUGGUCCAUUCUCCAUGGAUUUCCAUAUGCUGCGGUGUAUCUGUUUUGACAUUUGGAUUAUUAUGUCUCAUUGCUUUUGUUCCCGAAACACUUCAUCUUCAUGCCUCCCAAACAGAGACGUCCACAUUGGUCCCAGACAGUUCAUCUCCGGAAUACUUAAGCGAUUCGUCAUCUGAUUUCAACGAGACUUUAAAGCCAAAACAGAGACCGACCAUCACUCGUCGUCUAUCCGAUUUCUACACUACUAGCCGACCUCUCCUUACCCUUCCUGUCCUUCUCCUCCUUCUACCAUCUAUAACCCGGGUCAUAGGUCAGCAAUCAAUCGACCUCUGCAUCCGCUACAUAUCUACUCGCUUUUCCAUCCCUUUGUCUCACGCAUCUCUCAUCCUCUCUCUACGGGCUCUGAUAAACAUUAUUCUUCUUCUCCUUUUCAUCCCCUUCCUCUCCUCUCUUCUAAUAACUAAAUUUCACUUCUCAUCAACCCACAAAGAUCUCCUUCUCGCCCGCAUUUCUUCAAUUUUUCUCAUUCUCGGCGCCCUCACCGUCGCCGUCUCUCCAAGUCUCCAUCUCACAAUUAUUGGUCUAAUAAUCUAUACCUUAGGCACGGGAUUCGUCUCGCUAGUCCGCUCAUUGAUCACAGGAUUGGUAGAUCAGCAACACGUGGCGAGAAUAUUCGCAAUGAUAGCAGUGGUUGAAACGAGUAGUGCACUUUUGGCGGGACCAGCAGUCGCGGGACUUUAUGAAUUGGGACUUGUUUGGAGGGGAGAGUGGACGGGUUGGUUGGGAUUGCCGUUUGUGGGGUUGGCGGUGGUGUGUGGGGUGGGGAGUGUGGGGGUUUGGGGAGUGAAGGGGUUAGGGAAAAUGAGUUUAGAGAAGAAAAUGAUGGUAGAGGGGGAGGGAGUAGGAAGUGAAAGUGAGACAGUAUAGUGGGUUGGGUCUGUGUAUGGUAUUGCCGUUGGUGGCUGCUUAUGAUUCACUUUCUAGAUAUCCCAUGAAAUGAUGUAUAAUGAAUGAUUUUGUGGUUUGGUGUUGGGUGUGCACUGAUUUGGGAUAAAGUUAGUCUAGAUGGCUUUCUUAUGUUGUAACAUUGGCCAUAGAGUGGUUCGGCUUCCACAGGUAGAUAUCAGAUUAGAUUUUAAUACAAUUUUUCUAGACUGGAACA